UGGCUCAAGGCGAUUGGCCGUCUCGCGCUUCGCUCAACGCACCAUUGUCCGCCCAUUGGUGCAGCGCGCGCGGGCGGAUUCCUCCAUGGGGCUCGGUCUUCAAGGCUCACGGAGAGCGAAUGUCGUCAUGAGCGAACAACAGGACAGUAUGGCCACCACUGUUGCUGUCAGUCCCAGUGAAUACCUCCAGCCCUCCAACGCCUCCACGCAGGACGCCCAGCCCUCUCCUCUGGCCCUCUUGGCCGCCACCUGCAGUAAAAUCGGCCCCCCCGCAGCUCAGGCCCCAGUCACCUCGCCUCCGGCGCAGCCGCAGCCUCGCAGGCUCCUCCCCAUAAAGCCGGCUCCCAUCGCCCCGGCGCCACCCAAGAACCUGGGCUUUCUCUCGGCCAAAGGCAAUGUGAUCCAGCUGCCCGCCGGCCUGGGCUCGGCGGCGCCCGGCAGCCCCAUCGUGCUCACCAUCCAGCAGAGCCCGGCCCGCACCCACAGCUCGGGCCCAGCCAACAUCCAGUACCAGAUGAUGCCGCAGAUCCAGGGCGCCCAGGCCAUCCAGAUGAUGCCGCAGGGGGGUCAGAUCCAGCUCAUACCGGGCACCAACCAGGCCAUCAUCACCACGCCCAUGAGCGUGCCGCCGCCCGCCGCCCCGGUCACGCCGCAGAAGGCAGUGGCCAUCAAGCCCUCCCCGAAGCAGCGCAAAGCAAACCACUCCAACGUGGUGCAGCUGGGCGGCGGGAUCACGCUGCCGUACAGCGUGGCCACCGGAGACGUCACCGAGACGCCGCCCGCCGCCGCCAAGCCAGGAAAGGGAGGGCGAGGGAGGAAGAGGAAAGUUGUUCUGGCUUAUCCUCCAUCUUAUCCUCCUGCAGAGGCGGCCUCUCCACCCCCGGAGCAGAUGGACACCAUCCUGAUAGAAGCCGUAGACAACAUCAUUCAGCAGGCAGGUAACAACCUCCUGAUCGUGCAGAGUCCCGGCCAGCCGGCUAUGGUGCAGCAGGUGCAGCUGGUCCAGUCCAAACCGGAGCCUCAGGUGGUGCAGAUCCCCCAGCAGGCCCUGAAGGUGGUGCAGGCCGCCUCCGCCACGCUGCCCACCGUCCCGCAGAGGCAGCCGGCCCCGUCGAGCCUGCAGGUCUCACAAGCGGAGGCGACGCCGACGCAGCUCCUCUUCAAAACGGCCUCCGGCGAGUGGCAGUCUCUCCAAAUCCAGGACUCCGUCUCCCCGACGAUGCCCACGCCCACCGCCUCGGUCGUCACCACCUCGCCGCCGGCCGGCUCCAAGAGGACGCAGGCGGGGGGGCGGAAGGAACGGACUCUGGCCAAGAUCGCUCCGGCGGGGGGGAUGAUAUCGCUGAACACGCCGCAGCAGCUGACCUCGACGACGCAGGCGGUGCAGACCAUCAGCAUCAACGGGGUCCAGGUCCAGGGAGUCCCCGUCACCAUCACCAACGCGGGGGGCCAGCAGCACCUGACGGUGCAGGCGAUGCAGGGUGGGGGUCUCCAGCUGGCGGCAUCGCCGGGCCAGCAGGCCAUCCAGGUGGACCAGACGCUCACCCUGGAGCUGCCGGGCCCGCCGGGAGAGAAGAAGAGACGCAUGGCCUGCACCUGUCCCAACUGCAAAGACGCAGACAAGAGGCCCGGGGAGGUGGGGAAGAGGAAGCACAUCUGCCACGUCGCCGGCUGCGAUAAAACCUUCAGGAAAACGUCGCUGCUCCGAGCUCACGUCCGGCUGCACACCGGCGAGCGGCCCUUCGUCUGCAACUGGGUUUUCUGCGGGAAACGUUUCACGCGCAGCGACGAGCUGCAGCGGCACGCCAGGACGCACACAGGGGACAAACGCUUUGAGUGCAGCCAGUGUCAGAAGCGCUUCAUGAGGAGCGACCACCUGACGAAGCAUUAUAAGACUCACAUAAACACCAAGAACCUGUGAGGACGAAGUGACACUAAAGACUAAAGCGUCCCUGACGCGCCCCGUGAGGGGAGGUGCUCGCUCCCCCUGGGACACUGUGAGGGGUACAAAGAAAUCCUUCCUGGUGGACUUCAAAGCAUCCAGAAAAUCAAUUAAUAAUAGUUCAUCUUUGUUUUUGUUUUUUUUGGGGGGGGGGGGUGGAUUCCGGAACCGAAGACGCAGAGAAGCUUCACUCGCUUAUUUAUAAACUUUUUCCGGAGGACGAACGUCCAGGACAACGAGACCACAGGACAACGAGACCACAGGACAACGAGACCACAGGACAACGAGACCACAGGACAACGAGGCCGCAGGACUCCAGUCACAGUCUCACUUUCCCUCUGCGAGUCCGACCUGCUUUCUUUUUUUACGUUUGUGGACCGGUGGGAGAUCCCAGAAAUUGGCUUUAAACAUAAGGAAAGAAAAUUAAAAAAUUCAAUACACUAUAUAUAUAUAUAUAUACAUGUAUUUUAUGUAUACAGUGUGUUGAAUUUUCCCUAUGUAUACAUAUAUGUAUAAAUAUAUAUUGCAUAACAACUCCACUUCAAAGACUUUUGAAAAGCUUUUAGAAGUUUAACUUGACUAUUUUUUUAAGUGUGUGUAUGCAUACUAUUAUACAUAAUAUUGAUAAUAAACUAUUUAUAACAUUUUUCCAUGCAAUUGUUAGAAAUGGAUAUACAAGGUAAGGGUGUAAAAACCUGAGAUAAAUAACAUAAAUGAGUCAUAAGCAGGAGGAUCACAAAGCGGCUGUAAAAAGCCCAUUUUGUGUGAGACGGUACUGAGGAGGCGGAGCUGCAGUCGUAGGGUUUUAUUUUGGAGGAGUUCGAUGUGCACUUCAGGGGGAGAAGGAGCCACAUUAAAAAUGUCUAAACAAACAGGCAACGAGUGAAAAGCUGCUGAGAUCUGACGAGUAAACUGAAUUCUUAGUGACAAUCCUGACUACUGAGAAAUCUAAACGCAACAAAUUUCUUCUUAAUUUGAAAUAUACAUACAUUUAAAUUGUCACAUUCAAACCUGAGUAAAGCUCACUAAUGUCUCAAAUCUCAUCUAGUUGAUCAGGACUAUUUUUUUUUCCAUUUGGUUAAUUCAUCAGGAUUUGUAGAAACACGUCACCCGAGACCAGUAGAGGACCCGGGGUCGACCCCUGUGGGACUCCAGCAGCGUCUGUGGAGGUCGAGGUGAUGCAGGAUGUCACUUUUGUUUUUUUUGUUUUUUAUCAGCUGUUGGCAGGAAGUUGUUUUUACGACAUCUCGGACGAUUCGACUAACGCCUCAGUGAGGAACCUCAGAGCUGUUCUUUCAGGAAACGCCGUUGAGUAACUGAGGGAUGAUUUCAUUCAUGAUGUGUGUGUAAUACGUCAGAGUCUCUUCUUCUUCUUUUGUUCCCUGUGUGUUUAAGCGGUGGCGUCAUACCUGCGGAACCAAUCCAGUCUGUCAAGCCUCGCUCUCCUCCCUCUGCGAGCCGCGGCGCCCGUAUUUACCCGAAAUGUAUCCUCACCGCGCAGUGUCAAGAGUAUUGAGAGGUUCAUACUCGUAUGAAUUGUUCUUUCGUCACAGUUUGAUUUGAAUCCCAACAUUUAGACAGUAUUCUGUUCAGUUCUCUGAAUGUCUGCGUGUGUGUAGACGUUUUAUCUGAACUCUCCUUUUUAUUAAAAAGAUUGUUGUAUUUUUUACUUGAAAGGUUUCGCAUUUUCACUGUGGCGCGUGUGUUGGUAAGAAAGGUGUUUGUUCUUGUCGACGUGCAAGGUGUCGAAAACGUGCGAUUCCCAGCCCUACUUACACUGUGUGUACUAAUAAAUGAGUGAAGUC